AUGAAUAUUGACUCUGCAACUUUGCGUCAAGUUUUUGAUGCCUUGGACAACACCAAUAGGGGUUUUAUCACAGUUGAACAGUUUACUAGUGCACUUGAAAAGUUUUAUACAUCAAUAGCCAAGGAAAGUACCAAUGUUGAACACCAAUCCAAGCUAGCUCGAAUGCAAUCAAUGGAUGUGGAUAAUAUUGUAAAUGCAUUGGAUCCCGAAAAGGAUGGAAUAAUAUCUUAUGAGGACUUUGAAUCGGCGUUUCAGAAUUUUUUCAAUUGUCGAAAUCGAGAAGAGUUAAAAGGUAAAACUAUGACACUGAAUCUUCAUGGACGGCGAGUAUCUAUUACACCUGACGACUUUGUAAUGCAACAGUCUGAAAUCGAUCCAGAUCUAAAGACAGAAGACAGUGGUUUUCUAGAACCUAACGUUGGUGAUUUGACGCCGUCUCGACCAUCCACACUUCUCACCAGAACUUCCAUUCCUUCGUAUAAUGAAAAUGCUGGAUCACCCUUUAGUGGGUCGCGGUCCGAUCUGAUGCUUGAUGACGUCGACAGCAACUUGGAACAGCUUAAAGUGAGUGUGUUCACAAGUUUCAAAUGA